AUGUCCAAAGCGUGUACCCUCGAGAACGGCGUGUUGAACCUCGCUGUGCUCCGUGAAGACUCGCGCCGCGAGCUCUUUUCCAUCCUGGACGCCAUUGGGAAAGACAUUUGCUUUGUCUUGGACCCUGAGCUGAACGGGCCGCUGAACCACGUGCUUGUCGAUGGCACGGCCGUGCUGAAGGACCACGGCGUGAAGGACUUUCACGCGUUCGGGAAGACGGUCCAGACGACGUGUGAGCUCGUCCUUUUUCUUGUGCGGCCUUCGGUUCGAGCGACGCGGUACGUGGCCAAGUACAUUCGGGACCUCGGCGGGGACAAGGCCUUGAAAAAGCGCUUUUUUCUCUACUACGUCAGUCGCCGUACCCUCGUGUGUGACGAAGUGCUCAAGAAAGAAGGCGUUUUCGGCAGCGUGAGCGUCGGCGAGUACAAACUCGACCUUAUUCCAUUUGAUGACGACGUCUUGACGCUCGAGCUCGACGCGUGUUUCCGCGAGUUUUACGUGGAUGGCGAUAAAACGAAUUUGCACACUGUCGCGGCUUCGCUGAUCAAGCUGCAGACGGUGUUUGGCAUGAUCCCGCAUGUGAAGUACAAAGGCACGAUGGCCAAAGUGAUUUACCAGAUGAUGGCGCACUUUCGUCGCGAACAGGAGGUGGCGGGGAACCCCAUUGGCGUGCUGGAUCCAGAGAUUGAUACACUUGUGCUGCUUGACCGCAAUGUUGAUCUUGUGACGCCCAUGUGCAGUCCAAUGACGUAUGAAGGACUGCUGGAUGAGACGCUGGGGAUCACGCACGGCUUUAUUACAGUCGAGGCCGAGCUCAUUGCUGAUGAAGAAGGACCGAGUUCGAGUAAUGGUACUCGACCGGCACAAGUGUCGGUGCCGCUCAACUCGAACGACAAGUUGUACGCGGAAGUGCGGGACUACCAUGUCGAAAGGCUUGGCAUGAACCUCCAGCAACAGGCACGUGAGAUUCGCGAGCGAUACGACGAGUUUCGUAAGAAUCGAGACGCUUCGAUCAGCGAGAUUCGGGAAUUUGUCAAGCGCAUUCCAGGGCUCAAGCAAAGCUACCAGUCGCUGCAGCAACACAUUAACUUGGCCGAGCUGAUCAAAAAGACCACGGACUCGAAGAGUUUUCGUGAUCUUAAAGAUGCGGAAAAUCUAGUGCUCACUGGCGAGACGAUCUUCGAGCAGCUGGAAGAGCGCAUUGGGUUCCAAGAGCCAGUACUUGGUGUCUUGCGCCAGUUGUGUCUUCAGUCUGUGGCUGCAGGCGGCAUCAAGACCAAAAACUACACGCAUCUCAGUCGAGAGCUUGUGCAGACGUAUGGCUUUGAGAUGAUGCUGGCACUGAGCAAUUUGGAAAAAGCAGGACUACUGAGUAAGCGGGAUACGCUAUGGAACGAUGCGAGCGGGUUCGGUCUCGCGUGCAAAUCGUUCCGCCUGCUUAACGAGGACGUGGACCCACGCAACCCGCGCGACUGUGCCUAUGUUAGUCGAAGUCACGCGGCUGGGUACGCGCCGCUCUCAGUUCGUAUCGUUGAAAGCGCAAUCAAGCCGCGUGGGUGGAGUGCUGUGCAGGAAGGUCUGCGGCAGCUGCCCGGGCCCUCGGGGGAAGUCUCACAGACGACGAGCAAGAUUCCACGUGAUGAUCCUGUGGCUUCUACUGCCGCUUCCAAGCUGGAUAACUUUGGCAGUGAAGAACGCAAGGUCCUGCUGGUGUAUUACCUCGGCGGUGUGACCUUUAUGGAGAUCGCUGCGUUGCGCCAUGUCUCCCGCCAACCUGACUGCCCGUACGACAUUAUUGUGGCGACGACAAAGAUCAUUAACGGCGACACGCUGCUCAAGUCGUGCUUUGACAAGGAAGUGCUGCGAUUGCUGAAGCUUUGA